AUGUAUCCCGGUGACGCGGUGGUGGGAAAUCAGCAGCGCGCUGCGGUCGCCGCGUACAGCAUGACCGGCCACGACGCGAGCGCGGUUCGGCGGACGAACGAUAUCCAGCUGGGGAAGACGAGUCUGUCGCGCAGCAAGAGCUCCGUUAUAAUGAAGUUCUCUCGUUUUGAGAACAACGGCGGAGUCGUGCCCUUCAGUAUAAAGGGCUUCGGUAUAGUCACGUGGGCGUACGCACCAGACGGCACCAGAGUCCUCGGAUCCCACGACAGCAACAAUGUAUCGCGCAUCUCCUUCCGAAUCUCCUUCCGAAUUCCCUUUCCUCCGCCCCUCCACCACCCCACGCCUCCCUGUUACCCCCCUCCCCACCCUCCUCCCCUUCCUGGCCCUCUCCUGGCAGUGUAUCGCGAAUCUCCUUCCGAAAUCCCUUCCAGCCUCCCUUUCCCUCCGCCCUUCCUACACCACCCCACGCCUCCCCCUCACCCCCCUCCUCCCCCUCUCGGCCAAGCAGUGAAUCACGCAUCUCCUUCCGAAUUCCUUUUCAGUCUCCCUUUCCCUCGCCCUUCCUACCCGUCCCCACGCCUCCCCAACCUCUUCCCUCCCACCGAGGGUCGGAACACGUUGGUUUCUCCUGCGACGUUGCUGCUCCCUGCUCCCCUCCUCACGCACCCGCUUUCCUCCUGCCCCCCACUUCCCCCCCAGAGAGGAUCAUCACAGACAGAUAUCUCCUGCGACGCUGCUGCUCCCCCGCCCGCUGCUGACCUCCCUGCAUUCCCCCUCCUCACCCUUUCCUCCCCACCCCCUCCCUAUCCUCCCCCACCUCUCCCCUCUCAGAGGCCCGGGCAUUAUGCUCACUACAUUCCCUUCCGCAUCCCACUUAAUUCUCCCUUUCCUCCGUCCCUCCUAUCCCACCCACGCCUUCCCCACUCCUCUCCCCCCCCCAGAGGAUCAUCACAGAUUGAUUUCUCGUGCGACGCCACUGCUCCCCCACCCGCCUCCCGCCCCACCUCCUCCUCGUCGCCCGGCCAGAACUGCAAGAAGUCAGCCCUGGCAGGAUACCAGUACCAGACCAACCUGCAGGGCAGCAGUCUGCUUUUGCACUGGAAGGAAGCAGCAGGGAAGCAAGUGGAAAUGGCAGUAGAGGCCAAACCCGGCAGCCCAGCGAAAGUCGGAUGGAUGUCCCUGGCUUGGAGCAACCCCAGCGGCCGAAUGGUGCCCUCCGAUGCAGUCAUCGGGAACCUUUACGGCGGGGAGAUUUACGCGUACAAGGUGCCGGGUUACUCAAGUGAUUCGCUGUCGCGAGACGGGUUUGAUAUCGGGAGUGGCGCGAGCACCAAGACGGAGGGGGGAUCGGUUAUUAUGAGGUUCACGCGCACGGAUAACACGGGAUGGUCGAAUAAAUUCAAGCUAUCGAAGAAGAACAGCCUCAUCUGGGCUUACUCGUCCUCGGGGUCCAAAACACUAGGGUCUCACGGACGCAACUAUGGCCGCCUCUCUGUUGAUUUCUCCUGCCGCACAGCACCUGCUAAGUCCCGCCCCGGCUUCUCGUGGCUGGGAGGAGGAGGAAGGGAUGGGGAUGAUGAUGAUGAUGAUGAUGAUGAUGAUGAUGAUGAUGAUGAUGAUGAUGAUGAUGAUGAUGAUGAUGAUGAUGAUGAUGAUGAUGAUGAUGAUGAUGAUGAUGAUGAUGAUGAUGAUGAUGAUGAUGAUGAUGAUGAUGAUGAUGAUGAUGAUGAUGAUGAUGAUGAUGAUGAUGAUGAUGAUGAGGAUGAUGAUGAGAUGGGGUGGGGAGGAGAAGAGGGGAGCAAUGGGGAUGGUGCUGACGAUUAG